AACAAUUCCCUCCCAGCUGUAAAUGAAACCACACUGGAAUGCACACAGUCUCUUUAUCUUACAUGCGUAUACUCGCACACACUCACUCUCCCUCAUGUAUGUUGAUCAAGUCCACUCUCCUUCCUGUUUUUCACAAGUUCCGGCCUUUUUACUGACGCUAGUGUCGCAGACAGGGAAAACUCCAAGGGAUCCCUUGUUUGGUAAUACUAACUUGGUUGCUGUGCAUUUAGGAAAGCUGAGAAGAGAGCUUAUAAAGCAAUUUCCCUACAUGUUUGUUGUGAAUACCGAGUUGACCAUGCUUUGAGGCUUAUCUCGUAGGUGUAGGUGAUGUUUUGGGGAGGAGGAGGAAACCCCUUUCAAACAUUCUUCAAGUCCUUGGGGAUCUUCACAGUCUUCUUCCAAUGGAUCCAAAGAUAGCAAACAUUCCCUGGAUUACCAAAAACUGCUGAAACGCUUGGAAACACUCAUGGUUUGAUUUGGUUAUGGAAGCACUGAGAGAAUCUAUUCUUCAUUUGACAUUUCAGAUGUCUACUUACAAACGGGCCACUUUGGAUGAAGAGGAGUUGUUGGAAACCGGCUCCGAUGGGAUCUACCCAACUUAUACCAUGCAGGUGGGGCUGCAGCGUGGCCUAGGUCCUCGGUGCUGGGCGGGGAAGACCCAAGUCGAGAGAAAGCUAGUGGUCAUAGUGUGUGCUCUGUCCUUGGCCCUGUUCAUCUGCAUCUUGACGUUGGGUUUGCACUAUAAAGAAUCUCAUCCAGGAAUGUGCCUGUCAGAGCCAUGUGUUAGUGUGGCAAGUGCAGUAAUGGGUGCCCUCGAUCGAUCGGUAGACCCUUGCCAGGAUUUUUACAACUUUGCUUGUGGUGGUUGGAUGAGGAAGAACCCGUUGCCGGAGGGCAAGUCCCGCUGGGGUCCCUUCAGCAACCUAUGGGAGCACAACAUGGCGGUCAUGAAGAACUUACUGGAGAACACGAGCAUGAAAAGCCUGAGCAAAGCAGAACAAAAAUCCCAGUGGUAUUAUCAAGCCUGUAUGAACGAGACCAGAAUUGAAGCUCUCGGAGCAAAACCACUACAAGAUCUCAUCAAUCAGACAGGAGGUUGGGGUUUGAGCAGCCCAUGGGAGAAGGAUAACUUCCAAGAGGUUUUACGGACGGUAUCGGCCAACUUCCGCACCUCCCCUUUCUUCACUGUUUUUGUGAGCACAGACUCUAAAAGCUCCAACAGCAACAUCAUCCAGGUGGAUCAGUCUGGGUUGGGACUUCCAUCUAGGGAAUACUAUCUCAAUAAGACAGCCAAUGAAAAGUAUUUAAAAGCAUAUCUGAACUUCUUGGUGGAGCUCGGGGUUCUUUUGGGUGGCUCAGACGAGACCUCUCAGAAGAUGAUGCAGGAAAUUGUAGACUUUGAAACGGCUCUGGCAAACAUCACGGUCCCUCAAGAGGAUAGACGAGACGAGGAGAAAAUCUACCACAAGAUCCAGGCCAAAGAGUUAGCUACUUUAGCUCCUGCAGUAGAUUGGAUGCCUUUCCUCUCUGCAGUGUUUUCCCCCGUUGCCCUGAAUAAUUCUGAACCUGUGGUUGUGUACGCUAAAGAAUACCUACAGAAAGUCUCUGAGCUCAUUAGCAACACCAACAAGAGCAUCUUGAAUAACUACAUGAUCAUGAAAGUGGUGCGGAAAAUGGUGUCCAUCCUAGACCAGAGGUUCCAAGAUGCAGAGCAGCGCUUCCUUGAAGUCAUGUACGGCACCAAAAGGAGCUGUAUGCCACGCUGGAAACUUUGCGUCAGCGACACAGACAGUGCUCUGGGGUUUGCCCUCGGGGCACUCUUUGUCAAAGCUACCUUUUCUGAGGACAGCAAGACUUUUGUUGAAGCUAUGGUCUCUGAGAUCAAAUGGGCCUUUGAAGACAGCCUUAAGACUGUUGGCUGGAUGGAUCCUGAGACAAAAAAGGCUGCCAAAGAAAAGGCAGAUGCAAUAUACAAUAUGAUUGGAUAUCCAAAGUUCAUUAUGAGCCCCAAAGAGCUGGACAAGGUGUUUAAUGACUUUGAUGUUGUUUCAGAACUUUACUUUCAAAAUGUCAUGAAUUAUUACAACUUCUCUGCACGAGUGACUGCAGACCAGCUGAGAAAGGCCCCCAACAGAGAUCAAUGGAGUAUGACCCCACCUACAGUUAAUGCCUACUACAACCCUACGAAGAAUGAGAUGGUACUUCCAGCUGGCAUACUCCAGGCUCCCUUUUAUAGCCAUGCUUGGCCAAAGGCCAUGAAUUUUGGUGGCAUAGGUGUGGUUAUGGGGCAUGAGCUCACCCAUGCCUUUGAUGACCAAGGAAGAGAGUAUGAUAAGAAUGGGAAUUUGCGUUCAUGGUGGAAAAAUUCUUCAGUGGAGGCUUUUAAACACCAGACACAGUGCAUGGUGGAGCAGUACAGCAACUACAGUAUCAAUAAAGAACCUCUGAAUGGGAGACACACUUUGGGAGAAAAUAUUGCAGAUAACGGAGGCCUAAGAGCAGCUUAUAAGGCCUAUGUCAACUGGAUCAAGAAGAAUGGUGAGGAAGCCACUCUGCCUGCUCUUGGAAUGACUAAUCAUCAGCUGUUUUUUGUAGGAUUUGCUCAGGUGUGGUGCUCAGUUCGGACACCUGAAAGCUCACACGAGGGCGUUAUCACUGACCCACACAGUCCUUCACGUUUCCGGGUCAUUGGCACCAUCUCCAACUCCAAUGAGUUCUCGAAGCACUUUGGCUGCAAGGCAAACUCACCCAUGAACCCCAAACAAAAGUGUGAGCUGUGGUGACAGUGACUGGAAUGAGCAUGUCUGCUCAGCAAGAUGGUGAAGCUAUGUUUUCGCCAAAAAUAUGCCAAACGACCGUCUCAGGUUGCCUUAUCUUUUGACAUAUGUUCAAAAAAGCUGGUGGACUUAUAAUGGACUGCAUAAUUUCCAGCAGUAACUUGCCUCUUAAUGAUGAGUUGGUGUAAAUAAAGGCUCCACGGAACUCUUUAAAAUGAGUUUUAAUCUUAUCAAUACACUGGAAAUAAAGUUAGUGGUUAAAUGUAAUCUUGAGAAAGAAUCGUCCCUCUUGCAAGUCAAGUUUCUUUAAAUAAUGCCUUUUUUAGCAAAUGCUUUUAUUUUUCUAAUGGGAAAUAUUUAUUUUCUCUCUUUAUUACAUUGGUGUGUUAUCUUUUUUGUCUUUUAUGUUAUUCAACUCUUGCGCAACGUGUUUUGGAACAUUGUUAAAUAACUUUGCUCACAUUCUUGAUACAUGGUUGAUUUUCUCAUGAAAAUGUGGUUUCAACAAUUAUUAUUAUUUUUUUAUAUAAAACUGUUCCAACACAUCUGAUGAAGACUGGCCUAUCUAUUUAGAUCAUCUAUAUCAUAAUGUAAUUUUAAUGUUGAUAAAUGAAGAAUAUAUGACCAAUGUGUGUUAUGUGAGUAGUAUUCAAAGUGUUCAUUUGGAAAUAUUGCUGGACCACACUACAACCAAAUGCCUUUUAAAUAAAAUAUGCAAAUAUUGUGCAAUACAUGCAGGCUUUUUUUGUUAUGUUU